UGCGCCCCGCCGCUCCGUGCGCGCCGAGUCUCCAGCCUGCCGAGAGCCGAAGCCACCCUCCCUCCGCGCGCUUCGCAGUGCCCUGCCUCGCCGCUGCUCCGCCGCCUCCGAGUCGCGUUCUCCCGCCGCCGCCGCCAUGAACGGACAGCUCAACGGCUUCCAUGAGGCGUUCAUUGAGGAGGGGACGUUCCUCUUCACCUCCGAGUCCGUGGGGGAAGGUCACCCCGAUAAGAUCUGUGACCAAAUCAGUGAUGCUGUUCUUGAUGCACACCUUCAGCAGGACCCCGACGCCAAAGUGGCUUGUGAAACUGUUGCUAAAACUGGAAUGAUCCUUCUUGCUGGGGAAAUUACAUCCAGAGCUGCCAUUGAUUACCAGAAAGUGGUUCGUGAAGCCAUUAAGCACAUUGGAUAUGAUGAUUCUUCCAAAGGGUUUGACUACAAGACUUGUAAUGUGUUGGUUGCCUUGGAACAACAGUCACCAGAUAUUGCUCAAGGUGUUCAUCUUGACCGGAAUGAGGAAGACAUUGGUGCAGGAGACCAGGGUUUGAUGUUCGGGUAUGCCACUGAUGAAACUGAAGAGUGUAUGCCUUUAACCAUUGUCUUAGCGCACAAGCUCAAUGCCAAACUGGCUGAACUACGCCGCAAUGGCACAUUGCCUUGGCUACGCCCAGAUUCUAAAACUCAAGUGACUGUGCAGUAUAUGCAAGAUCGAGGUGCUGUGCUUCCUAUCAGAGUCCAUACAAUCGUUAUAUCUGUGCAACAUGAUGAAGAAGUUUGUCUUGAUGAGAUGAGGGAUGCUCUAAAGGAGAAAGUGAUCAAAGCUGUUGUACCUGCAAAAUACCUUGAUGAGGAUACAAUUUACCACCUACAGCCAAGUGGCCGAUUUGUUAUUGGUGGGCCUCAGGGUGAUGCUGGCUUGACUGGCCGAAAAAUCAUUGUGGAUACUUAUGGCGGUUGGGGAGCUCAUGGAGGAGGGGCCUUUUCAGGAAAGGAUUAUACCAAAGUGGACCGCUCAGCUGCUUAUGCUGCUCGUUGGGUAGCAAAAUCCCUUGUUAAAGGAGGUCUGUGCAGGAGGGUUCUUGUUCAGGUCUCUUAUGCUAUUGGAGUGUCUCAUCCAUUGUCGAUCUCCAUUUUCCAUUAUGGCACUUCUCAGAAGAGUGAGAGAGAGCUAUUAGAAAUUGUAAAGAAGAAUUUUGAUCUUCGCCCUGGGGUCAUUGUCAGGGAUCUGGAUCUGAAGAAGCCAAUUUAUCAGAGGACUGCAGCCUAUGGCCACUUUGGUAGGGACAGCUUCCCAUGGGAAGUGCCCAGAAAGCUUAAAUACUGAAAGUGUUAGCCUUUUUUCCCCAGACUUGUUGGCGUAGGCUACAGAGAAGCCUUCAAGCUCUGAGGGAAAGGGCCCUACUUCCUAAAAUUUUCUGUCCUCUUUCAGCUCCUGAUCAGUUGCAGUCACUCUAAUCAAUGACAUGAAUUUUAGCUUUUGUGGGGACUGUAAGUUGGGCUUGCUACUCUGUCCCUAGGUGUUUUGUUCACCAUUAUAAUGGAUACAGUGAGCAUAGGUGAUCCAUGUAACUGCCUAGAAACAAACACUGUAGUGGAUAAUGCUUUGAAAUCGAACCUUUGUGCCCUGUCACCUAAUCCUCCAAAGUCCUAAUUGCAAUUACUUUCCCACCAGAUGCUGAAAAUGUCCUUGUAAUGUGCACGUAAAGUACCUGUAGUUUGACUAUAGACUUUGGCAAUGCCAUAGCCCUGUCAGCAUGAAUUUGUAAUGUCUUGAGCUCUAUUUAUUGAAUGUGAAGCCCCUUCCCUUAUCCUCCCUGUAACUCAGUCAUUUCUAAUUAUGUAGUUCUUUGUCAGGGAGUGUUCCCUAUCCAGUCAAUCUUGCAUGAAACGCAAGUUUCAGUUGGAGCUCUAGCCUGACUUAAAAAAAAAAAAAAAAAAAAA